UACUGCGACAGCAUAUUCACAAAAUAACGCGCGCGUUUUUCACGCGUUGAUUAUAACCCUGAAGACUUUUAAGGUCCCUGUGGAAUUACAACAAAGUCAGUUUCAGGAAAUGCAUGCUUGUGUGCGACGGGCCUCUUCAUUCUCUGUUUCAAUAUGUAAUAUUUUUGUAGUUUGCAGUUUUCUUAGCAUUUUUGCGUGCAGUUGUGAUUUAUGGAUAUUUCUUAUCAUUCCCGUGAGGAUGUUGGAACAUCAUGCAUACGUAAAGCCCCAGAUGCCCUGCAAUCUGCAAUCUCUGGUUACUAUUUCGAAUGAAAUCAACACUUUAAAUGAUUUUAAGACUUCUUGCCGUCGAAUGUGAAAUUAUGAUGUGUUGAUUUGCUACGGUGAAUUUAAAGGACAUGAAGGGAUGAUAAACUUCAUAUCAAGAAACGGAAGAUCUGGCAGUUAAAAUGCUUUCAUUCAAUAAAGUUCACGAUGUGUACUCUUCUGAAAAAGGGACGAACGGCAGUGAAGCCACGCUAUCACAGGCAUCCACAUCUCUUUGGAAUGAAAGGAGAAGGAUGAGACAGGUACUCCGUAGCGUUGUAUCCAGAAACAAAGUUAUAGAGAUGAGUAAACUACUCAGUGUCUUGGUAGUGCCUUUGGUGGUCCUGAUCGUCCUCUCAGGUCUUAGUCUGGAUGAUAAUGUAAAACAAUGGCGGAGCACUGAACAGGUGGGCAUGGCGCUUCAAUACAACAAGUUGAUAAGCGACACUGUGAUAAGACUUCAAGUAGAACGUGGAUUGUCUUCUACCUUUCUCAGUGGAAACAGAAGUAGCAAUCUAGUCUCAGAUGCUCUUGAAAAGAACAAAGAACGAACAGACCAAACCCUUAAUGUGAUGGAACCUUGGCCCACUGUUGGAUUGAACGCGAGUGGAAGGUUAUAUGUAUCGAAGCAGGAGUUUUUGGCGGAUCUGGAUAUUCAUCGAACAAGAGUUAGCGAUGGUGAUGGUGGUGGGAAUGAUUUGACAGUAUCAGGAAAUAUAGAAUAUUAUACUAACAUCAACAUUGGUUUAUUAUUGAGCGGGAUCAAGACCACCGUGAGAUCCACCAACCGGGAGUUAUCGUCACUCCUGGUGGCGAAAGACACCCUUCUCUUUUCUGUAGACCUAUAUGGUAUUGAACGGGCUUUAGGUGGAGCCUAUUACGCAUCUUGCCAGUUAUCUGAUGAUGAUAAUGCAUGGUUCCGCGCUGUUCAUUCACAGGCGGAUGUCCUUAUUAGCUACAGCAGAUCGUACUUCGGGGAUACCGACAUCCUCAUUCCCAAAAGUGCAUUCCUGGAUGAACUGCGGAACGAAAUUUAUGCAAAUGAAGAUGCUUGUGCAAAAUAUGGCGACGACAAUGUAUCUGCAUACGCUCUCUACUGGUUUGACAACAUGACGUUGUUCAUUGAGCAGCUGGCUGAUAUUGUUGAAAAUACCACUGAUCAGAUCCUAAUCACCAAUCGAAGAAUCCGCAAGGAAUCUCAGCUUACAGUAAUUGUGUACUCAGUAGUAGUUUCUAUGAUUGUUAUUGUGUGUCUAUCACUGGGUACGUGGUUUGUAUUCCAAACCAACAACCUGCUCAGCGUUGUUGGUUCGUAUGCUAAAGAACUUUCAGAAAAAACUAGAGAACUGGAAGCUGAGAGAAAGCGUGCGGACCGAUUACUUUAUCAGAUGCUGCCAAUGUCUGUUGCUGAUCAGUUGAAGAUGGGGCUUUCAGUGCCAGCAGAACAUUUUGAAUGUGUUACUAUAUGCUUCAGUGACAUUGUUGGUUUCACCUCACUUGCUGCUGUCUCUUCUCCAAUACAAGUGGUAAACAUGCUGAAUGGUCUCUAUAGCAUGUUUGAUGGCUGCAUCGACAAAUACAACGUGUAUAAGGUCGAGACGAUAGGUGAUGCUUAUAUGGUCGUGUCGGGCUUACCUGAUGCAACGGAUCACCAUGCAUGGGAGAUAAGUACAAUGGCUCUCGAGUUACGAAGUCUUGUAAUGGGAUAUAAGGUGCCUCAUUUGAACGGUGAAAAGCUAUGUCUCAGAAUCGGUAUACAUUCAGGUAGUUGUGUCGCUGGUGUUGUGGGAUUGAAGAUGCCUAGGUAUUGUCUGUUUGGGGAUACAGUCAACACUGCAUCCAGAAUGGAAUCCACGGGUGAAGCACUGAAGAUACAUAUCAGCGAAUCGACCGCUGUACAACUUGAGGAACACUUUAAAGGGACAUUCAAGGUUGAUGAAAGAGGAAACAUAUCAAUAAAGGGUAAAGGAUCGAUGAAGACAUUCUGGCUAGUGGAUCGCAUCCCUCCAUUCACACCACGUAGAGCACACGUAGGAUGGGAACAUGGCACCUCACCGUCUUAUAAUGGUCGUUCUAUUACCCCAUCUGGACGAAGUACACCAACAACACCCAUACACCAACCAGCUAGCACCCAAGGUAGGUCCUGUGAAACACCCAUCACGGAUUUACCCAUCAUCAUUAAAAAUGCUCUCACUUCUCCUCUACAAGAUGGAACGUCGCAUCCACUGUCAUCUAGCCUUGGGAAGUCAAGAUCCUAUCCCGUUACACCCAAGAAAUCUCGCAAGACACCGAGUAAUCCAGUCACUCCAAGUAGAGUGUUAAAGUAUAACCCUGUAAUCUUAUGUACCGAAGCACCUUCCAAUGAUUGAGUGUCACAGUCAGUGCUGAAAUUGAUUACCAGCCUUUUGCACCUUAUCUUGGUUUUUAACACUCAGCCAUAAUAAAUACUGCCAUUGAUAUUAUUCAUCAGUAUCACCAUCAAAAUCAUCAUUUUCGUCAUCAUCAUCAUCAUCAUCAUCAUCAUCAUCAUC